AUGGCAGAGCCAACAUCGCUGACUGGCUUUGAACUACCACUGGCUCUACAGAAAACCCACGAUGGAGAGCAGUUCCUUCUUAACGAUUCUGGUCCCCAAGAUGAAAAUCGGGUUAUUGUGUUCGCCACGUUACCUGGAUUAGACUUACUAUCUUUAUCGGAUGAUUGGUUCUGUGAUGGAACGUUUUCGACUGCUCCCAAUGUUUUCUAUCAGAUUUAUACUAUACACGCUUCUGUUGAAGGAUGCCUUAUUCCUAUUGUUUACGCUCUGCUACCCGACAAAAAGGAAUCAACUUAUUGUCGCCUUCUCAGUAUUCUUAAAUUUGAUUCCCCAAAACGCGUCAAGGACGACAGAAGCCCAGAUUUGAUAUGGAGCAAUGGAGUUGCCAUCAAAGAGGACGUGAAGGUGUGGUCUGGGUUCAUAGUCAUCAAUUACGUGGCCAAUUACGUCAUCCCUACUGGCGCAGUGCUCUGGUGUUACUACAAGUUCGUCAAGUACAUAGCCGUAAAGCAGAAGCAAAGUAAGCUGAACAUCAGACCCCAACACUUAACAUCUCCCAUUGCAACAAAUUCCAGACUGGCAAACGAAGCUACGAACGGAGAGCAGACGACGACGACUGCUGCGCUCCAGCCGAGUGCGUUGUCUGCACGAAUUGCCGGCAACUCCAGUCGUGGCGUCGGCGGCACUGGUCGCACCAAUCUGCAGCUGGAAGAGUCGAGAACAGUUGUCGUGAUUGAGGAAGAACGGGGCAGACGAAUGAACAAAGUCUCUGAUGUUUCCGGUUCAGCGCCUGAACCAAGCCCCAUGUCCCAGGCCCACGCGUCCGCUCCCGUCUUGAGACAGCAGAGUGCCUCGGGCGACUCCGUCUCCGUCAAGUCGUGCGCCAUGUCCGAACACACGCCCGAGAAAAACAACAACAACAACAUCAACAACAACAACAUCAAUAAUAGUCAGAUACCUCGGAUCCUCCGAACUGCACCGGAUGACGCUGAAAGCUCCGCCCAGCAACCGUUGCUGCAACCCAAUGGCCACAGAGCCGCUUCACGAGCGCCGAGCGGCAUCUUCUCCAUCUCGAACAAUCGCAACUGCCCUGGAUCUGCAACCCAGAAAUGCACCUCUUUCCUGUCCAAGGACAAGUUCCUCCAGAGAUACGCGAUCACUCUGGCCAUAACAGUGUUCGUGUGCUACACUCCAUUCUACAACUACCAGCUCAUGUCCACCAUCAGUGACAUAUUCUUCAAUGGACAGGGACUGCUCAAGUCCAUACAUUUCAGACCAUUCCUGCCCUACUUUGCAAGUGUGGCCUUCUUCCUGCUAAAUCUCAAUGCUGUCGUCAACCCAAUCAUAUUUAUUCUGCUGAAGCACAGGUCCAAAAAAUGGGUUAAAUCUGACUCGGAGCGAAGCUGCGGUGGACCCGAGAUCGUCUCCCACGUCUCGGUCGACAAUCUGAACAGCCGACUGCAUUUACAGUCUACCUUCUCGACAUCCAAUCAGCAUCUGGCAUUGGGACCCUCGGUUUCACUACACUCAAUCGUACGAGACGUAGGCAGUGACCCGGACUUACCUGGGAGUCAUCAGUCAGUUGUUUAGUAGGCUAAGAAUUCAAUCGACCUAUUGAUGCUGCUAGUAUCAGCAAUGAUAUCCUCACCCUUAAACAUGGUAGAAUCAACUGCCAUUGUGCUGCAAAUCAUCAUUAAGAGUAUUUUUUUUUAAAAACGAUUCCAAAUUAAGAGUGCUAUAAGCUCAAAAAAUGGAACAAUGAAUAAUUUUAAUUUUUGUCACUCAAUGUUGCUAAAUUUAGUUCUAACUUUAGUUUUAAGCUUAAUUUCAACAAGGUCUUGAUUAUUAUGCAGAACUUUUUUUCGAUAUAUCAGGACUUUCAAUUGCAAUGUGU